AUGCUGCCCCUCGUGCAGGCGCACCCGAUGGUGCAACCCCCGCUUGACUUUCUCAGCUCUCACGAAGGGCAUUUGAAGCCCAACUACUCAUCGCAUCAACAUGGACCCCAACUCUUACAGCCGUCAUUGUUUCUCCAUGGCACCGAGUCAACACCUCGUGCUUUUGCCAUGCGCAGCGCCCAACAUCCCCCAGCCCUGCACCGCAUCACAGCCUCCUUCACCCGCCUGCACGCGCACGACCAAGCGGAGCACUCCCUUCGGCGAAAGACCCCCAGUGGAACCAUCGACAAUGGCUAUGACGGCUCGUCAACUCACUUGGCUUCAGGUCCCCCAGCGCUGAAGCACAUGAUUGUGCCUGCUUCGUCCAAGAUCUUCCCAACUGCUGUGGCUCAUCGAGCGUCCAAUCGAUCUGCUGGUGGUGUACUGCAACAAACCCCAGCCGGCCCCUGGGUGUACUCAGCGCCAACACCCCAACGCCGGUUCGAUAUGGCAGAUGGUACGGGUGGGCUUCUCGGAACACCGGGGGGAUGGGAAACGGGGAUGCCAACCGCAACAUUGGAUCCGGUUGCGGGAGAUGGUGCAAACUUUGUUCAACCUGCACCCCCGCACAAUUACCGUGGGGGGCCCAGCUUACAACCCGUCUUCGUUCCGGGCCUCCAGCAGCCAUUGUCGCAAACUAUUUACAGUCCUGGCAGUUACCAGCAGCCGCCGGUUUGGAGGGAUGGCAGUCUCGGCUACCAGACCUUGAUCCCGCUUGCAAACAAUUUCACGCCGCAAACCUCCGUCGAUAGUGCUUUCAUGGGACCCGAGUCUGCGAUACACCCAGGCUUGGUCAAUGCUCCGGGACUGGGACAAGCCCACCAUUUCGGCUUGCCUCUGCCCGGCCGUCCUGUUGAUGACGGCUUCGCUCGGUAUGGUCACAACUACGUGGUGCAGCAUGCCGCCCAUCCCCUACGAAACUCCAUGCCAACGACGCCCGGGGUUGGACACAUGACACGGCCCGUUCCUGCGAACGAAGCAAGCUCACCAACACGAUUCAAGGAACGGGCGCUGCAAAACGCUCACAAGGCCUACAAUGAUCUGUUACUCCAUCUUACCGCGGCCAAAAAGGCAUACCAAGGCCGCAGCAGCUCGAGCUCAAGGCCAUCUUCCAAGAUGAUGGUAUAUCCGAAACCUUCCACCACAACCACCGGCAGCGGAAUCAAAGCGCGGCCAUUAUACGCCCUGGACUCGACGGCAAGUUAUGCACAGCAGUUGGCGCAGAAGGAGGCAGCCGCACGAGCAUUUGCCCACGACCACCAUCAACGGCCAUAUCACGAGAUUGGCUCGCCUGUCCUCAACGCCAGGGCCUCGCUAGAAAUGCUCUCUACCCUCUGCGAGCAGAGCGGCUGGAAGUGGUCAGAAGGGAUGCUGCUAGGAGGCUGCCUCUAUUAUGGGCUGGAGCGCUACGAGGAGGCCCUGGAAUGGUUCAAGCGAAUCGUGAGCUUAGACCCAAGCCAUGUGGAAGCGAUCUCCAACAUAGCCGCGACACUGUACUGCUUGAACAGGCAUGAAGAGGCGGAGCAGCAUUGGGUGAAAGCCAUCAAGUUGCGCCCGAGCUUCCUGGAAGCCGUCGAGCAUCUUGUCAGUCUCUUGUGCUCGUUACACAGGAACGCGGCAGCAGUGAACGCGAUCGAAUUCAUCCAGCGCUCCUUAAAGAUACAGAGACCCGAUGAACCUCGGGAGCAGGCCAGCGAGACUGCUAGCGAGGCAGAUAUUUCUUCUCCAAUGACAGCUGCCGAGUCGGACCCAGAUUUGUACGUGUUGGAUUCGGAGACUACCGACAGCCCCGAGCAGCGCUUCGCUUCCACCGCAGAAGACACCAAGGCUCCUGGCUUCGGUUCCAGUGGCUAUCGCAUUCCGGGUAGCGAGAAUGGCCGCAUGAUUCUUCUUAUUCAUGCCAAGGGGAAUAUGCUGUACUCGCUGAAGGACACUGACCGCGCAUCCGAGGCCUUUGAAGAGGUGGUAACCAUCAGUGCGGGGAAGCAUAUCCACGGUGUCAAGGCUCUCAUUAGGAGGAUACAGACAGUUCUGGCGCCCCGGGAUCCUCGGUCAGGACAACGUUUAGGCUCGGUCCAGAGGAGUCUAUCCGAACCAUUGCUAUUGCCUCCAGAUAAGGCGAAGCUCACGGCCCAGUUUGUGUUUGGUUCCACGGGGGGCCAGCUACCCGGGCUCCAGCACUUGCCUGAGGGCGCUCACAGGAAAUCUGUGGUGGCAACGACAAGCAAUUCCCUGCUCUCCCUGGCCAAGAUAUACCAGGACGCCAUGUCGAAUGGCGGUUCAAACUCCGCCCUUGUUCGCCAACCUGCGGGGGUCGGUGACAUCCUGGCCCUGUACUAUCUGUCCCUCUCCCUUCAAGAGAGCCCUUCAACCGCCAACAACGUCGGAAUUCUCCUUGCCGGCGUACAGCAAACCGCGCCGGUUCAAUACAUCUCCGUCUCGGACAUGGGCCUCGCCGCAAGCGUUCCCGGGAUUGUCCCAGGGAGCGGGCUUUCGCUCGCACUCGCCUACUACCAGUACGGUCUCACAUUGGAUCCUAAGCAUGUGCACCUCCACACCAACCUGGGCAGUUUGCUUAAGGAUAUUGGCCAGCUCGACAUGGCCAUUUCGAUGUACGAGCAAGCUGUGGCUUGUGAUGGCACGUUUGACAUCGCCCUGACAAACCUUGCCAACGCCGUCAAGGAUAGAGGACGGGUCAGCGAUGCCAUCAAGUAUUACCAGCGGGCCGUGGCAUCUAACCCUGACUUCGCGGAGGCGGUCUGCGGCCUCUCGACUGCUCUCAAUUCGGUGUGCGACUGGAGGGGUCGCGGUGGCGUUCUGCUCGCCGGCGGGAGGUAUGACCGCUGGCAUGUGGACGAGAACGGCAAGCUCCAAGACGUCAAGAGCCAAGGCCAGGGCAGCGGGUUGAUGAAGCGCGUAGUUGACAUUGUUAGGCGGCAGUUGAGGGAAUCAUUGUCGUGGGGCUGUGGACUUCUGCAGGAGCAGUCAAUCUUGCAGUUGGCGGCCCAGCUGAGGGACGCAGCGGUGGAUAUCACAGACGCCUCCCUCGACUUGGAAGCUGAACUUCGAAAAUGGGCUGGACGGCCGGGCGAGGGGUAUCGGAUUCUGCGUCUCAUUGAGCGCUCCACCAUCACUGCCAUGCGAUCCUGGUACCAGGACAAGCACAUCAAGCGCAUCCGAUCGCCCGCUUCGUAUCGCCGGCCAAAGCCUCCUGCAAGCCUCUCCGUGCCAUCGGCGCCGACAGUUCUGCCGUUCCACACCUUCACUUGUCCCUUGCCAGCGAAAGAUGUUCGGAUGAUUUCGCAGAGGAACGCCCUGAGGAUAUCCUUCACGACGCUUCGGUCGCCCUGGAUCCCCGCGACUGUGUACGAGCCUCCGGAUCCGCCGAGCCCUCAUCUGAACGUGGGAUACGUCUCGUCUGACUUCAAUAAUCAUCCUCUGGCGCACCUGAUGCAAUCAGUCUUUGGCAUGCACAAUCCGAAACGCGUCAAGGCGUUCUGUUAUGCCACGACAGCCAGUGACAGGUCCAUACACCGCCAGCAGAUUGAGCGCGAGGCUCCGGUCUUUCGAGACGUGAGCACCUGGUCCGCCGACAGGCUAGUGGACCAGAUCGUCAAAGACAAAAUCCACAUACUGGUCAACCUCAACGGCUACACCCGCGGGGCGCGCAACGAGAUCUUCGCGGCCCGCCCUGCGCCAAUUCAGAUGUCGUUUAUGGGGUUUGCUGGCACGCUGGGUGCUGAGUGGUGCGACUACUUGUUGGCCGACGCUACUGCAAUUCCAAGGUCGACUCUCCGGCCUCAUCGCAGGAAUCUGACAUUGGAAGAUGUCUUCCGCGACGAGGCCGACGCCGAUGCCGAGGACUGGAUCUACUCGGAGAACAUCAUCUUCUGCCGCGACACGUUCUUCUGCUGCGACCACGCUCAGUCGGCUGAUGGCCACAAUGAGAAAGACAUUACAUGGGAAGAGGACCAGCGGAGACGGUGGAGGAUGCGCAAGGAGCUGUUCCCAAGCCUCCCAGACGAUGCCAUCCUCCUUGGGAACUUCAACCAGCUCUACAAGAUCGACCCGACCACCUUCCGCUCCUGGCUACGCAUCCUCGCGGCCGCGCCCAGAGCCUACCUCUGGUUGCUCCGCUUCCCGGAGCUCGGCGAGACCCACCUCCGCCGCACGGCCCGCGACUGGGGCGGCGAGGGUGUCGCCAAGCGCAUUAUCUUCACCGACGUCGCGCCCAAGCUCCAGCACAUCUCGCGCGCCCGCGUCUGCGACCUGUUUCUCGACACGCCCGAGUGCAACGCCCACACCACGGCCGCCGAUAUCCUCUGGUCGAAUACCCCGCUGCUGACGCUGCCGCGGUACGAGUACAAGAUGUGCUCGCGCAUGGCGGCGUCGAUUCUCAAGGGGGCUCUGCCCAAGAGUGCCGAGGGGGAGCAGGCGGCCAGGGAGCUGAUUGCGCGGGACGAGGCCGAGUAUGAGGAGUUUGCGGUGCACCUGACGAAUGGGCUGGCGUAUCGUUCCUCGCGCGACGGAGAGUAUCGAGAAGGGGUCGGGAGGCUGGCCGAGCUGAGGAAGCUGCUGUUUGAGAGCAAGUGGACCUGUGCGCUGUUUGAUACGCGGCGGUGGGUCAGGGAUCUGGAGGAGGCGUAUGAGGUUGCCUGGGCGAGGUGGGAAAGGGGCGAGGGCGGAGAUAUAUACCUUUGA